GUGAAAAAUGUGUCAAAAAAUAAAAAAAAUCAUUCGUUGUCUGUAUUUAACAUAAUGACUAUCAGUUCAUAUAACGCAUAAUAUUUAUUUGCAAGCAAUUAGAAAUAAUUUUGGUAUAUAGGUCUAUUUGGAAUAAGUCGAUUAAGCUAAAUCUUUUACAAAUAUAAAUUUAACAUAAACAAAAAAAAAAUCCAAAUUCGCAUAUUGCGUGAACAUUGGCAUAUGCAGUAGUGUUAUAUUGGGCAAUAUAUACAAAAUUGAAGCGAUCGGGAAAGUGAAAAUGUGGUGGUUACACGAUCUUAGGCUGUUGCAGUAGCACGCGACACGUGUCACGCAUCACGCACACAUCUCCAAUCAGCAGGUGAAAUUGUGCCGGGUUGUAUAAAACAGUGAUUGAGCAAAGCUUGUAGAAAAACAAAGAAACCAGCAAAUCUACCGAAGUAAAUGUUAUUUUGAAUAGUUAUCAAACGGCAUAAACGAAUUAUACAAUUCACCAUACAAAAAAAAACUAAUAACAAAUUGCAAGCAGCUUACAUAUUAGCCAAGCCAUGGUGACAGUUGGACUGCUAACCCGAUUCCUGGGAAGUGGCAGCAGCGGAAUCAGCAGCGGCAUUGUCUGUUUGCGAUUAUUAAGGCGCCUCAACAGCCCGACAGUCAGUCUUCAAUUAACUCCACGAUGCCUCAGUGUGCUGGGCAAUUUGAAUGGCGGCAAAUGCAAAUCGACGACGACGCCAGCGAUAACGACACCAGGAACAUGGCCUGCAUCAACAAUAUUGUCACCGCUGCUAUUGGCCAAAUAUCGUAGCUAUGCGCGACUGAGCACCAAGUCAACGGUUCAAUCCAGCUCGACGGCGAGCAAAACCGAGACCAAAUCCUCAUCAACGGCCACUGUGACGUCCCCCAGUUCAAGUUCAACAGAACUGUUUGGCGAGGCAGCUAACAUGGGUCUGUUUGCCAAGUUCAAGCACAUGUACAAACAAUAUUGGUAUGUGCUUAUCCCAGUGCAUGUGCUGACGUCAAUUGGCUGGUUCGGCGGUUUCUACUAUUUGUCCAAAAGUGGUGUGGAUGUGCCAGCCCUGCUGCAGUAUUUGCAUUUGAGUGAGACGAUCAUUGAGAAGGUGCAAGGCUCUGAUAUGGGUCACUAUGCCAUUGCAUACCUCUGCUAUAAAGUGGCCACGCCAAUUCGCUAUGCAGUAACGCUUGGCGGCACCACGGUGUCUAUCAAAUAUCUUGUACAAUGGGGACAUAUCAAACCGAUGCCGACCAAGAAUCAAUUGAUCAAAAUGUAUGAGGACACAAAGGCAACGCGUGCUAACGCCAAGAGCCACAACAAAGACGAGCAUCACAAAUGAUAGCUGUCGAUGUUGCCGUCGUCGGUGGCCCGGCUUAGGGCGCCGAAAUAACACCACCUCGUCACAACAACAACAAACUGCAUCAUCGUCUGCUGUUGCAAUUGUUGCAUUGCCAUGCGGCACAAUUCAGUUGGCUAGUUGUAUUAUCUGUUAAGCUGUUUUUUGGUGCACACUCGUUAGCCCGCUCGCCCCAGCAAACUUUUUUGAAAUUAAACUCUCGACUCUCUUAGACGCUCUAUUGUUGAAACAAUUGCCACCAGAUCGGAAGUAAACAACAGCAAUAAUCCUAGCAUACUUCAUACAUAUAUAUAUAUAUUUUGUAAUACCAUCAAUUUGCAUAGUUUUUGUGUUUAUGUUGGUCUUGUGUGUUAGUUACGAAACCGUUGCCCGCUGCCGGCUGCCAAAAAAAAGGAGCACCGUACUCACACACACAUAACCAAGACAUUUUUGCGCACACACACAACCAGAAUAGGGCAGCCUCCGAUACAAACAAGAAGUGUAGUAUAUAAAUAUAUACAUACAUAAACAUGUAUAUACUUAUAUAUAUAUUUUGUAAAUGUAAUUUAAAAAGUUAUCUAAAAUAAAAAUGAAUA